CGUUUUGACAGUUCGAACAUAACCUCCCACCAGUGACAAACAGGUGACAAUUGUCUUACUCCAAAAAUAUAAAUAAAAUACAAUAACAAAUCUACGUAUGAAAAUAAAAAGAGAAAACUGUAUUCUACAAGAAUUUGCACCUAAUCAUAAAUUUAUACAUUAUUUUGAUAAUUGCAGUUUAUCGCAAUUAAUUUGCGUAUUUGAUUGCCUGCGACAAGAGAUUGCGUGAAGAAAGUCCAUGUGAAAAAUAACCUCAAAGAAAGUAUAUAUAAAAUAUUUAUGAAAAAAUGAGUAAAUACAGUAAAAGAAAAUCAUCGAGCGAUGAUAGUGAUAGUGAGGAAGAGAGGCGAAAGGUUGAUAUUAAAGAAAGAGACGAAUUUGCUAAACGUCUCAAAGAAAAAGAUGAUGGUAAAGUGCGAAAAAUUGCUGUACCGGCUGGAUCUGGAGCAGCCGAAGCAGCAAAACGACUCAAACUUAUGGACGAUGUCGCCAGAGAGGAUCUCAUUCCAAAGCUGCGAGUUGAAUCUCGCCGAAUGUACUUGGCGAAGAGGAAAGAGGACAAGGUUCAGGAAUUGGAGGCUGAUAUUGUAGAUGACGAAUAUUUAUUUGAAGAGAAUGUAUUGACUGAGGCGGAAAAGAGGGACAGAGCUCACAAAAAGCAAGUUCUUCAAUUAGCCAAAGAGCAUGAGAAGGCGAGAGAAUUGGAAAGAAUACAACGCUAUCGAAUGCCACUUCAAGAUGGUAAAAUUGAGCCAGAACAGGAUAUUGCAGAAAAUGAGCCACCACAAUCGGAGCAAAGUAAAUGGGAAUCCGAUCAAAUGUCCUCGGCUGUCUUUAAAUUUGGCGCCAAGGACAAAAAAGCUCAACAAGAAUACGAAUUACUCUUGGACGAUGAAAUUGAAUUCGUGCAAGCAUUACAAAUGCCUGGAAUUGUCAAAGACAAGAAGAAGGAAACGAGUCAAGCACCACAGGCCAAAGUAUUGACAACAAUCGAGGAAACACAGAAGAGUCUACCUAUUUAUCCAUUCAAGAAAGAUUUAAUUGCCGCCAUUCGGGAUCAUCAGGUUCUUAUUAUUGAAGGAGAAACGGGAUCGGGAAAAACUACACAAAUUCCACAAUAUCUUUACGAGGCUGGCUACACUGAUGGGGAUAAAAUAAUCGGCUGUACUCAGCCGAGAAGAGUGGCGGCAAUGUCAGUGGCUGCUCGUGUAGCUCACGAAAUGGCCGUGAAACUAGGAAAUGAAGUCGGUUAUGCGAUUCGUUUCGAAGACUGCACCUCUCAAAGAACGCGAAUUAAAUACAUGACUGACGGUACAUUGCACAGGGAAUUUUUGAGUGAACCCGAUUUAGCCUCUUACAGUGUCAUGAUUAUUGACGAGGCUCACGAGAGAACAUUGCACACGGACAUUUUAUUCGGCCUCGUAAAGGACAUAACGAAAUUCCGAAGCGAUUUGAAAUUGUUAAUAUCCUCAGCCACAUUGGACGCGACGAAAUUCAGUGAAUUUUUCGACGACGCUCCUAUAUUCCGAAUUCCGGGCAGAAGAUUUCCGGUGGAUAUUUAUUACACAAAAGCGCCAGAGGCGGAUUACAUUGACGCCUGUGUCGUGUCGAUUCUUCAAAUUCACGCCACUCAACCGCACGGCGAUAUUCUCGUCUUCCUCACAGGACAGGACGAAAUUGAAACUUGUCAAGAGAUGCUACAGGAAAGAGUUCGACGACUAGGUUCAAAAUUAUCCGAAUUGAUAAUAUUGCCCGUCUACGCAAAUUUGCCGAGUGAUAUGCAAGCGAGGAUAUUUAUGCCCACACCGGCCGGAGCGAGAAAAGUCGUUCUCGCGACAAAUAUCGCCGAGACUUCGUUGACAAUCGAUAAUAUUGUCUACGUGAUUGAUCCCGGUUUUGCGAAGCAAAAUAAUUUCAAUUCACGAACGGGAAUGGAGAGUUUAAUGGUGGUGCCGAUUAGUAAGGCUUCGGCUAAUCAGAGAGCUGGACGAGCGGGUCGUGUUGCUCCGGGUAAAUGUUUCCGUCUCUACACCGCCUGGGCGUAUAAACACGAAUUGGAGGACAACACUGUACCUGAAAUUCAGAGAAUUAAUCUCGGCAAUGCUGUUCUAACGCUAAAGGCGCUUGGCAUCAAUGAUUUGGUGCAUUUCGAUUUUUUGGAUCCACCGCCGCAUGAGACUUUGGUUUUGGCUCUGGAGCAACUCUACGCACUUGGGGCACUGAAUCAUCAUGGGGAGCUGACGAAACUUGGACGUAGAAUGGCGGAAUUUCCACUCGAUCCAAUGAUGGCGAAAAUGUUGAUUGCCAGUGAAAAGUAUCGUUGCUCGGAGGAAAUAGCGACAAUUGCGGCAAUGCUCUCGGUGAAUGGUGCUAUUUUCUAUAGACCGAAGGAUAAACUCAUUCAUGCGGAUACGGCUAGGAAGAAUUUUCAUGUUCCUGGUGGUGAUCAUCUUACGUUGCUCAAUGUUUACAAUCAGUGGCAACAGUGUGAUUUUAGUACUCAUUGGUGUUAUGAGAAUUUUAUUCAACAUCGUUCAAUGAAGAGAGCUAGAGAUGUGAGGGAUCAAUUGGUUGGUUUAAUGCAACGAGUCGAAAUGGAUCUUGUUUCAGGCAUUACUGAAACAAUUAACAUCAGAAAAGCAAUUACAGCCGGAUAUUUCUAUCAUGUGGCACGAUUAUCAAAAGGUGGAAAUUACAAAACUGCGAAGCAUAAUCAAACAGUCUCGAUUCAUCCCAACAGUUCACUUUUUCAAGAAUUACCACGUUGGCUAUUGUAUCACGAAUUGGUGUUCACUACAAAAGAAUUUAUGCGUCAGGUUACCGAAAUUGAAAGUAAAUGGCUUUUGGAAGUCGCUCCCCAUUAUUACAAACCGAAGGAACUUGAAGAUUCGACAAAUAAAAAAAUGCCUAAGGAAAUUGGACGUUCGGGUCCAGAUGGAACAAAUUAAUUAAUUAAUUGUUAAUAAUUGAAUUUAUCAAGUAUGUAUUAUAUAUUGUACAGACCAAAUUUUUUCUCAUCGAGGAAAUCAAUGAUAAGUGUACGUAGUUAUUUAAAUUUUUGAAACUUUUUUAUUAAAAGAAACAAAUUUCAUAA